AUGACAGAUUACUCGUUGCCUUCAGAACUGUGGAUGAAAGCGUUCUUGUGUGUGGAUUCAAUGAAAGAUCUACAGCAAUGCGCCUUGAUUUGCACCAAAUGGAAGCAGAUGGCAGAAUCUCACAUUUUCUCAAGAAACAUCAUGGUCAAGGGAAGUUUGCAAACACGAACACUGCAAAUGUACCUUAUUCGUCACAUUGAAAAGAGAUGUGCUUUGAAACAUAUCACGCUUGGCCGUCAAGACCAUUUUACUCUAGACAUGAAGUAUCUAAUGCCUGUAGCUAUCAUCCCAUCAUUGGAGACAUUGGAAGGAACCAUCUUGGAUGAUCAGUUUUUUAUCAUAUUGUUGGAAACCAUUGAAAACGGCCAAACAGAAUUAAUGCUCAAGAUUAUACCCUCUGCAUUGACAUACAGUAAUACAUACGAUGCCAUUCUUUAUCAAUUGAAAGAAUCACUGGAAGAAGUGCAAUUGAAUUUUAAGAAAUAUACAGCAAAUACAUGGACCACUCUUUACAAUUUAGAGCAGAUCACCACAUUUACGAUCAUUAAAUAUUCUAUCAAACAUUCACACCAUCUUGCAAAUCGAUAG